CUAGAAAGAGAGAGAGAGAUAGAGACGGGGAAGUACACGUACUGCAGGCGCUCUGAGUAGAAUUUUAUGCGAGAACGUCCGUCUGUACCGAACUGGAAAAGUGGGCUGAAUUCUGAAAGGGAAUUUUUGACAACCAUAACAAGAUGUGUAGACCUACUCCGUGCUGUAUAGGGCAGCUGGCGUGCUGCUGUGGCUCGGCAGCCUGCUCCUGUUGCUGUGGCUGCUGUCCUAAGAUCAAGCAGUCCACAUCAACGCGCUUCAUGUAUGUCCUCUACUUCCUCCUGGUCACCAUUGUCUGUGUCGUGAUGAUGUCACCUACUGUGGAACAGGAGAUGAGGGACCAUAUCCCGUUAUACAGGGACCUGUGUGAGAAGCUGAAUGCUGGUGAGAACUGCUCUACCUUGGUGGGUUACUCUGCUGUGUACAAGGUCUGCUUCGGCAUGGCCUGCUUCUUCUUCUUCUUCUGUAUAUUCACCCUACGAGUCAACUCUGCCACGGGCUGCCGUGCCGCCAUACACAACGGGUUUUGGUUCCUGAAGUUCAUAGCCUUGUUGGCCUGCUGUGUUGGAGGAUUCUUCCUGCCAGAGCAGGACAUCUUUCUGGAAGUGUGGAGGUAUGUUGCAGCCGGAGGAGGGUUCAUCUUCCUGCUGAUCCAGCUCAUGCUGCUGGUGGAAUUUGCUCACAGAUGGAACACUAACUGGAGUUCAGGUGUGAACGACAACCGUCUGUGGUAUGGAGCACUGGCCAUGGUCACCUUGGUGCUGUUCAGUAUGGCAGUAGGAGCUGUGGUGUUCAUGGCUCUGUUCUACACACACUCUCAGGCUUGUCUGCUCAACAAGUUGUUCCUGGGGAUCAACAGCAGCCUCUGUCUCAUAGUCACCCUGCUGGCUGUAUCGCCCUUCAUACAGAGACUCCAGCCUAAGUCUGGCCUGCUCCAGCCAGGAGUGAUCAGUGUGUACGUCAUGUACCUCACCUUCUCAGCCUUCUCCAGCAAGCCCAAAGAGAUGUUGGAGGUUAAUGGGGUGAAUACGACAGUUUGUGUGUUUCCCUUCAACUCUGGAUCAGAGAGCGACAAGAGGAUUGUAUCAAUAGUGGGAACUGUCAUCAUGUUCGGCUGUGUGCUCUACUCCUGUUUGACGUCCACCACCAGACGAAGCUCUGCAGCACUGCGUGUGUGUAGGAACAGCAUGCCUGAGACUGAGAGAGCUCGCUGCUGUUUCUGCUUUGGAGAUGACACAGAUGACUAUGAUGAGGAGAAGACUGGGGGAGGCCAAAAUGUUCUGUAUGAUGAGAGAGGGGGAACCAUCUACAGCUACACCUACUUCCACUUUGUCUUCUUCCUGGGUGCAAUGUAUGUCAUGAUGACAGUCACCAACUGGUUCCACUAUGACAACCAUAAGAUAGAUAAGCUGCUGGAUGGCAGCUGGUCGGUGUUCUGGAUCAAGAUGGCGUCGUGCUGGGUGUGUCUCAUCCUCUACAUCUGGACCCUGGUCGCACCCAUGGUCUGCCCCAAACGCUUCGAGGCCUAACACACACACACACACACACACACACACACUGAAACACAGCCCAAUACUACCUUCAGCUUUCUACGUGGGGUUUUUGUGUUGUUUUUAAUUUCCUUUUUUCCCUACUUUACAUGGUUAAGCUAUUGUUUCCUUGAAGGCAGUUGCUGUCUUUUUAUUUUUUUAAUACCUUUGAUACAUGGAGUAUUCUGUUACAUGCAGUGACUCUUCAGGGUGCCUAAAACAAUGGGCUGGACCAAAAUACAUACAGUCAUUUAUGUGGGACCACAUGAUCAUAGUGGUGCCCUGAUUGUGUUAUGGGAUGCCCAGCACCCUUGAGCACCAAUGUCAAUUAAACCCUUUUACGUGUUUGCUUA